UAGACUGGGUUUGAAUCGUGUUUUGCUGCGAUUAUACCGCACUCACCACUCACUCUCUGUUAACUCCCUCCCUCCUCUUCUUCAUCCUAUCAUUUCAUUAUACCAUCUCAUUUCUGAUUCAAUUCUCUAUCCCUCCCCCCGCCCUGAUCCUCCGUCUGUGUGUCGGCCAUGGUUCUGUCGAAGACAGCUUCUGAGACGGACGCCUCCGUCCACUCGACGUUCGCGUCGCGAUACGUGAGAGCGGCGUUGCCAAGGUUCAAGAUGGCGGAGCAUUCGAUCCCCAAGGAGGCGGCGUACCAGAUCAUCAACGACGAGCUCAUGCUGGACGGUAAUCCCAGGCUCAACCUCGCCUCCUUCGUCACCACCUGGAUGGAGCCUGAGUGCGACAAGCUCAUCAUGUCCGCCAUCAACAAGAAUUACGUCGACAUGGAUGAGUAUCCAGUCACCACCGAGCUCCAGAAUCGGUGUGUGAACAUGAUAGCCCAUCUUUUCAAUGCACCGCUUCAAGAUUCAGAAACUGCGGUGGGUGUUGGCACAGUUGGCUCAUCGGAGGCCAUCAUGUUGGCUGGCUUGGCUUUCAAAAGAAAGUGGCAGAACAGAAGAAAAGCAGAGGGCAAGCCAAUCGACAAACCCAAUAUUGUCACUGGUGCUAAUGUUCAGGUUUGCUGGGAGAAAUUCGCGAGGUACUUUGAGGUGGAGCUGAAAGAGGUGAAGCUGAGGGAAGAUUACUUCGUAAUGGAUCCUGAGAAGGCAGUGGAAAUGGUGGAUGAGAACACCAUCUGUGUUGCUGCUAUCCUUGGUUCCACCCUCAAUGGAGAAUUCGAAGAUGUCAAACGCUUAAAUGAUCUCCUCAUUGAGAAGAAUAACGAAACUGGAUGGGAUACCCCAAUUCAUGUGGAUGCAGCGAGUGGUGGCUUCAUCGCACCAUUUAUAUAUCCAGACCUUGAAUGGGACUUUCGCUUGCCACUUGUGAAGAGCAUCAACGUUAGUGGACACAAAUAUGGACUUGUGUACGCAGGAAUCGGCUGGGUCAUUUGGAGAAGUAAGGAAGAUUUGCCUGAAGAACUCAUCUUUCACAUCAACUACCUCGGAGCUGAUCAACCCACCUUCACCCUCAACUUCUCCAAAGGGUCUAGUCAAGUCAUUGCUCAGUACUACCAGCUCAUCCGCCUGGGCUAUGAGGGAUAUAGGAAUGUGAUGGAAAAUUGCAGAGACAAUAUGAUAGUGUUGAAAGAGGGGUUGGAGAAAACAGGGCGCUUUAACAUCAUAUCAAAAGAUGAUGGAGUGCCGUUGGUGGCCUUCACCUUGAAGGAUCGCAGCCACUUCACGGAAUUCCAGAUAUCUGAUUUCUUGAAGCGUUAUGGGUGGAUCGUGCCGGCUUACACUAUGCCUCCAGAUGCUCAGAACGUCACCGUCCUCCGCGUCGUCAUCAGAGAGGACUUCUCCCGAACCUUCGCCGAGCGUCUCGUCAUUGAUAUCCAGAAAGUCUUGCACGAGCUCGAUUUGCUACCUGGCCGGGUCAUCGAGAGCACCACCGUCAACGUCACGGCGGAGAUGGCAGAAAACGGCAAUAUCGUCCCCAGAAAGAGUGAAAUCGAAACCCAAAGGGAAAUCACUACGGCCUGGAGGAAGUUCGUGUCCGACAGGAAGAAGAUGAACGAGAAGAUGAACGGCGUUUGUUAAAUUCUUUCAAAUUUCCAUGUUUGUUUUCGUUUGUUAUUAUUGCAAAUUUACAAUUGCUCUGUUUACAUUAUUCACGUGUAGAAGAAUGAAUAAGCAGGACUGUGAAAGUAAUUCUUUUUGGAGAAUUUUAAAUCA